GCAGCAACAUUUUUAGUUAUACGGCCUCUCCACAGUAGCGAACUACACCACACUUAUCUUCCAAGUCACUCCUCUCUCCUUCUCUCUCUCUGCUUAUCCUGCGCACCCCACACGACGCCCCAAACCACCCCUCCGGCGAUGAUGUCUCCGGCGUCGUUGUCGAGCCCCGCGGUCCUCCUCAUCAGAAUCUCUCGCUACCGGCGGCACUGACAAGAAACACCCCCACAACCACCGAAACACAAACCCGAAAGUACCGAGAUCGAGUCCGGCCCCAACAACUGCUGGGAUCGAAUUGGAUUUAGCUCGCGAGCUCCGCAAUGGAGGGACAGAAGGGCCAGUCGUCGGCGAUGCUCACCAGAUCCAAGUCGUCGCUCCUCCGUUCCUCCCCGACCGUCCGCUCCUCCAUCCACAGCCUUUCCUCCAUCGCCGAGGACGACUUGCUCCCUUCUCACUAUCAGCACCAGCCGCAGCAGCGUGACUCCGUCGAGGAAGAGAAGUCCAGGAGGCGGCACCCCCGCCGGCCCGGUCCGACCGGAUCGAGCCGGUUCCGGUCGGCCCUCGCCGUGGCCUCCCUGGCCUUGUCCACCGUCUUCUUCUUCUGCUUCUUCAAUUCCAGGAGGGACGCGGCCCCGACGACGACUGCCUCAGAGAAUCUCCUCCUGGCCCUCAUCUUCGUCGCCGUCGCGCUCUUCUUCGUCUCCAGGAACAAGCCCCUGAUCGACCGCAACCUGUCGACGAUUAAGCACCUGUACAGCCUCAACGCCAAGAGGCUAGGCUUCGCGCGGGGCAACGCCAGGGGUGUGCAGUGGUUCAUCGGCGGCGACUCGAGCGCGGGCGACGCCAAGGCCGCGAUGAAGGAGGAGAAGAAGAAGAUAAUCCGCGAGGGAGUUGAGUUCUACAGCAAUGGGGAUUACUACGAGGGCGAGUUCCACAAGGGGAGGUGCAAUGGGAGUGGUGUGUACAAUUACUUCGUCAACGGGAGAUACGAAGGGGAUUGGAUCGACGGCAAGUACGACGGGUACGGGAUCGAGAGCUGGGCUCGCGGUAGCCGGUACCGCGGGCAGUAUCGGAACGGGCUGAGGCACGGUUUCGGCGUGUAUAGGUUCUACACGGGGGAUUCGUACGCCGGAGAGUGGUGUACUGGGCAGAGCCAUGGGGUUGGGGUGCAGAGUUGCGCUGAUGGGAGCUGCUAUGUUGGGGAAUUCAGGUGUGGGGUCAAGCAUGGACUUGGGUGUUACUAUUUCAGGAAUGGAGACAAAUAUGCUGGAGAAUAUUUCGGCGAUAAAAUUCAUGGAUUCGGUGUCUACCAUUUUGCCAAUGGCCACUGCUACGAGGGUUCUUGGCAUGAAGGUUCCAAGCAAGGUUAUGGAAUGUACACUUUCCGAAAUGCUGAUUCAAAAUGCGGUGAAUGGGACUCCGGUUCCCUCAAGAGCCCUUUACCCCCACUGACUGACCCAGUUCUUCGAGCAAUUCAGGCUGCGAGAAAGGCAGCUGAAAAUGCAAUUCACCUUCGCCGAGUGGACGAACAGGUGAACAAGGCCGUUUUGGCCGCGAGUAGAGCUGCGACUGCUGCUAGAGUGGCCGCCGUGAAAGCUGUUCAGAACCAGAUGGACGGCAAGUUUUGUGACAUAGAAGCUUGACUGAGAGGGAGUGGCUUUUUAGGUUUUGGCUGCCAGUGUAUAUUUCACUAAUCCUUAUGAUCACGGAAGUCUGUCACCCCGGCGAGCACAAGCUCCUCGGAGGUUGAGAUCUCCUCUUUUUUCCAUUGAUCACAGAAUGUAACUUGUACAUAAGCGAUGUGUAUCAAUGAAAUGAGGAAUUUUUUCUUUUCA